AUGUUGUAAGUUAUUUUCAAGCGUUCAGCAUUAGAGAAAAUGCAAAAAGUUCCAACACAAGAAAACCAUUCAGCCCUAAUAUUAAAAUUCUGAAAUGUUGCUCUUGCAGGUUCGCUCCUCGCCUCAUCUCGUCUGCCGGGACUUCUUCCCCGAUGCCAACCUCAGCUCAAUCCGAGCCAAAACAGCCAGACACACCGAGACCUAAGUAAGGUUGGGUGUCUGGGGAGACAAUUGGUGUAAUCGCUCAAUUGUUUCCCCUGCAAUAAAUCAUUUAAAAAUCAAACUUGUUUUAGUGUUUAUUUAAAGAAAAACGUCUAAAAGUUAGCAGACAUAUCAAUCGAAUCAACACAGAGUCGAUAGUCCGAUCGGUCUGUAACUUGGACCCGAUAUACAGGGGAAAAGUAUGGUAACAUGCUGAAAUCUGUGUGUAUGCUGAAUCUCCGAGUUGACCUUGCGCAACUGUCUUGUUACAUCCAGUCUUGACAUGCUGCUUCUCCUCAAGAGACAUAAUGAUGCUUUGUGCUAGAGUGUUUGAUAGCUCCAGGAAGGGAUAAUUUGCCGAGUUGUGUUGUCUGAAAAGUAAAAUUACGCUCAAUCGCAUAUCUUCAAGUAAGACUCACCUAAUCAUGACCAACAAGUCCCUCAUCUUUUCGCCAUGCAGAGUCAAUGCAUUGAGUGCCCACCAGCUUCAUAUUUCCACCUUCGGGUUUCAGACAGUAGAUGAACAGUGACGUAUUUGUUGCGGACAGGACAUAACUGUGCCCUUUGAAUCUGAAAAGUAAUUGAUUAUGAGGAGAACAUGAACAAAAAAUCAUCGCCCCGUAGACAUACAAUAACAAAGCACGUUGGAGUGACGAGCACCGUUUUGAUCUGCUGGUUCUCGAGCGCGGGAGAGGGGGGGGGGUUAUAAAAAGGGUGCUGGGCAGAUAUCGUCAUUCUUCCAGGCCAACCAAAAUAGUGGACGCUUCUUCUAUUGCGAAGCAUUUCCAGCGGUAAGAUCAGGGCAACCAGAAGCUCAACGAAAAUGGGGUGCAGGUCGCCCGCUGAUUUCGCCUGGCGGUACCCAUUUUUCCGAUUCUCCAGAGUCAGCAAAAAAUUUUGGUGAUUAGUUUUGUGUGAGCGUAGCACCUUCGAACCAUGUUAUUUUUAGCAAGACUGCCCGUCAACUGCUUCGGGAGAGUAUUCAGCAGGCUCAGCUCAGAAGUGAUAUUGUGUGCCAUCAGCUAGCCUAUUUUGAGCUGCACUCGACUCUUGAAACGCUGGGAAUGAACGCAUUGAUCGAGUACAAGUUGGACGGUAACAAUCUUUGUUGCCUUUCUCAUAAUUUCACUCAUUUUUUCAGAAACUGAAGAAAACAGAGAGGAAGAUCCGCGUGUGCCGAGAAAACCGCAGAAGCACAUCGACAAGUGAGUUCUCUCGGACCUCGAGACAUCUUGUCCUAGCACUAUUCAACACGAAAUUUUCAAAUACAAGAUUCAAAUGUUUACCACACGUCCCUCUGGCUCAGAUCGUCGCCAGCCUCUCUCAAUUCAGAUUCCUGGACAUUUCGAGCACGUGGGUCUCCGACGUCACGUGCAUCUCGAGAUUCCGCAACCUCGAACUGCUUAUCAUGUACUAUCUGAACAUUCUGAACAUUCUGAAGGGCGACGUCACCGAGACGCUGUCAAAUUUGACGAAAUUUCAGCUUGCGGAUUGCGGAAUUCAGUAUUUUCCAAGGGUUCUACGGCGUGACAAACAUGGAGGAGGAGAUGACCUGCAAGGAGUUCCGCAAAUUCAUGAGAAUCGCGUUUGCCUUCAACAGAAAAAUCACCUUAAUCUCCUCAGCCGCGUCAGUUGAGACCUUUCACGGAAUAACCAGAGUUUUUAUUGUUCUCAUUUAGAAUUCUGAGUUCUCGUCAUAAUCUUGAGAGGGGUGUUUCAAACAGCUGUGCGCAGAAUGUGUCAGCCGAUCCUUAAGUGCGUCAGUAACCGUGACUCCCCCGCCAAUUUCAAACGGGCCACAUUGAUCUUAUUCAUUUUUUCGAUGUUGACACUAAAAUUCUGCAAUUUUUAGGCACACUUUGGUUGUUUCAGAAAUCGAUGAGAACCACAACCGUCGUCGCACUGAGUCCGAUGUCUCAAACACGUCCAGCCGCCGCAACUCGUCAAACGACAGUACUCUGUUGCUCCACGAUCAGAACACGGACAACUACGGAGUGGUGCCCACCAGUUAUCCCAGCCAACACAUGCCCUCCAUCAUCUGGACCCUCUUCCUCAUAUUCAAGUGGGACGUUAUCACUGCGAUGUUUGUCAAGCUGCUCUCGGAUAUCCUUUUCUUCUGCAACCCGAUGCUGCUGAAAUCGCUUAUUCAGUUCACGGAACAAUUGGAAAGACUGAUGUGGCAAGGAGUCGUACUCGCGUUCACCAUUUUCGGAUCGGCUGAGCUUUCGUCCAUCCUGCUCUCCCACUUCCUCUUCCUGAUGUAUCGAGUCGGAACUCAUGUACAGACGUGUCUCACAUCCGCUGUUUAUCGCAAAGUACCCUCUCUUCCACUCGGCGAAUAUAAAUGUUACCUCUAUUUUCCAGACGCUCCGUUUUUCGAACGCCGCGCGUCAUUAACGAGACACUGGAAAAUUAUGUUGCCAACAACGUAGCCGACAUCAAGAGGUUCAAAGAGGAUAACGAAUUCGAAGGUAAGUUGACUGCCGAAAAUUGCAUUCCCGACGCAAUGACUCCGGAAAAUGUGGUCUCGUCGAGUAGCAUGGAGCAUGUGUACAAAGUCUUCUUGAGAAUGAUGAUAGAUAUUCGCGAAGCGAUUGCAGAGGUAUCAGAAAAUCAUUACUACCUAAACUAAACUAUAAAACAAAUAUAAUUCCAGAAAGCGAACCGGAAAAAUGAAAACCCCGCGUCUGAAGAUAAUACUCAAGCGGCGCUGAACAAACUAGUCGCCUCUAUGGAUGGAUGGUUUAAACUUAUGAAAGUAUGA